GUCGCAACGACAGACCCCGUGUCAGUAGUGAAAUUCCCGUGCAAGUACACGAGGCGUUGCAUCGUACGCAGGCAGCGGAGUGGCCGAUCGCACCUUUGCCCUAGUAUCUGCGACGACAUUGUCAACUCGAGAGAACCGAUUCAUAAGUAAGCGGAGAACUCGACGACGACAUCAUGUAUCUCCUGCCGCUAUUGUUGUCGAACAUCCAUAUGGGCCCGAAUGGCCCCUUCGAUACGCUGAAUCCAACUCUCGGUGGAAAGAACCUUAUCCGACCACAAGAGUUAGCCGCUAACAUGCGUAAUCCUUACUACCCGGUUACAUUUGACCACGGGGUCCUGGACUUCUACAACAACAGACCCUGGUUUCCCUGGUUUGACUGGCCGCUGAAGCCGCUGAAUAAUAUGCACAAUGUCAAAGUAACUACUGACGACGACACCUUCAAGAUGACCAUGAAUGUGCAGCAGUACAAGCCAGAGGAAGUCAACGUCACGGUGGAGGGUCGUUGGCUGGUCAUCAAAGGGCAGCACAAGGCCGAAGAAGGCAACAGCGUCGUGUCCCGGCAGUUCCAGCAACGAUAUCUACUACCUGAUCGCGCCGACGUCGCGCCGGACGGACAGUUAAACUUCACGAUAUCGAACGACGGUGUCCUGACGAUCACGAUACCGUUGAAGCCGGAGGAAAAAAAGGAGCCCGAGCAGCCGGACGUUUCUCCUGACAGCGAGAAGAAGGAUGGCGCGUCCGAAACGAACGGCGAGAAGGCGGAGGACGACGAGGCAGUUCGAGAGGAAGUGACGACGACGCCGACACAGGAGGACAGACCAAAGCCCGAGAAAUAGAUUAAACUACGGAAUCUUCCUUCCCUUUUAUCUGAUAUCUGUAAUUUUGCACAUGUUAUUUUAUAGCUUGCGCUUAUUUUUACAAGAUUACGUUUUCUUCACGGAUGGCUAUAAAUAUAAUUCAAUCCUUAUUGUAUCGUAGUUUCACAUACAUUUCUUAAUGGAUAUAUUGCUGAGACUUUUUGUGCCAUAGUAGACCAUCUUUGUGAGAAUUGUAGUUAAAAUUUUACAUUGAUGAUAAAAUAAAUUAGUUUUUGUCAGCAUCCAA